AGCUGGCUGGGAAGUCGGAUCGCAGCUUGAACAUUGCUUCCAUUUCCAGAAACAAGAGCACCGAGACCCUUCCGGGAUCAUGCAGGCCGUCGUGUCCAUUGCCGUGGUCCUCGUAGCCCUAUCCGUUGUGGCAGCCUCUGAUGAACCGACAACGAUGAAGCCCACCUUGUCCCAGAAGUUUGAGAAAUUCCAGCAAGAAGUUCAGGGUUUUUUCGACCGUGUUGGAGAGAAGGUCAAGGCAGCUUUCCACGAUCUCCACCACAGCAAAUUCAGCAACCAGACCAGGAGCUGGUUUGCCGAGAACCUUCAGACACUGAAGGACAAAUUCGCAACCAUUUCCAACAAGGAGUCUGACUGAAGCCAUGCGGCAUGUGGUGGGAAAGAUUCACGGCUCCCUAGAUGUGCCUCUGACUGGAAGAAGCGCUCUUUCGUGAUUCCCCCAGGUAGCAGUGAAAUAAUACCUGGUUCUCCAGGGACAGGCCUUACACUGCAGUCCCUUCCCUUUCUACUUCUUUAUUACGUUUGUUUGCAAAAAGGAAUUGCCACAAAUAAACAGAAAAAUGCUUCUCUGGUGAAAUGGAA